AUGAUGUGGUGCAGCGCCUUCGUACAACGCCCAACUUGUUCGCCGACCAUGUCCUCCUUCCCUGACUACUACAAGAUCCUCGCUGUUUCCAAGAACGCUACUCAGGAUGAAAUCAGACAAGCAUACAAGAUCCAGUCGCUAAAGACUCAUCCGGAUAGACUGACGAAAGCUAGCCAAGCGGAGAAGAAGGCAGCUACGGAGAAGUUCCAGGCUGUAGCGGAUGCAUACUACAUGCUGUCGGACGCGACCAGACGCCGAGAACAGACGAGCGAACCAGACGCCUCAGCGAACUUUUUCAGCACUUUCGCAAGCAUGUUCGGGGGAGGAAUGCCCUCCGCGGGUGCGCAGUCGCCACCAGGGGCCGCAGGAGAGCAGCCGGAUGCAGACCAUGUCUUCGCGGACGUGUUUGACGAUCUGUUGCGUCCAGAGGUGCAGCGUCAUGCUCCCUGGUUCAUCAUAGCCAACAUUCCUGGACUCAUGGUUGGCGCGUACGCGGGAAACCGCCUGGGAGCUAUCAGAGACGCGAAGGGCAAGAGCGUUGCUGCUGUCUUCGGGCAACUCGGUGGCAGUCAGAAGGCGGAGGUACGUCUGCUAUGGUGACAACACAAAUGCAGGUUGCUGAGAGUUCGCUUCGCCAGAUUCUGCGCGC